AUGAGGGUUCUAACGUUGCCUACCGCUAUAGCCACGUUCGUUAUAGUGGUCCUCGGCGAGGUGAUCUUGAGAGCACUUCGCUGCUUCCUCCCGGAGAAUCUGUCAGCGCGGAAAGAGGCGGCUCUUGCGGCGGAGAUAAAGCGCCUCAAGAAAGAGGCGAAUCGGCUGAACACCCCCAGCACCUUCUCUCGCUCUGCUCUACUAACUCGCACUGCCACCGCCAAGGAGAAAGAGCUGAACGCAUGCAUGCGCGUAUGUGCUGCUGGUGCUCUCAUUCCGCUCCAAGCCCGUCGUCAUUCUGCCGGUGGACGUCGUCUAUCCAUUCGGGUCAAUGCUUGCAUUCCCUCAUGGAGCCAAGUGGCAAGGAGGCGGAGCUGUCUCGGUAUUCGCUUGGCUGGCGCUCACAUCAAGAGUAGAUUUCACCGCAUGGCUCGUCUGCUCGAACCCGCCUUCCCGCGCACGUUCUCACUCACACCGUCUCGAUCGCCAGUGCCGCGCAGCACCCGUUGCUACGUUUCCGCCGCACCUCGAAGUCUCGCCCGCCUGAACCCCCAUGCCGCGCCGCAAACGCCACGCGCUUCCGCCGAGCGAGGGGAGCGCGCGCCUCACACGCCAACCCGCGCAGAAUGUCGUCUCGAGAAAGACCUUCGCAGCGCUGCUUUCGCAAGCCUUCGCCCUGCGCCGGCCGUUCAUUCGGCAGGGCGACUCACAUACCGCCGCUCUGCGGCCUCUAUACGGGUCAACGCGGUCAACGCAGUGAAUGUGGUCAACGCGGUCAACGCGGUCAGCGCGAGUGAGGUGGAGGCGAGAAUCGCUGUGGCCGCCAACACGGGCGCGUUGGACCUAAGCGACUGCGGUAUGACCGCCGUUUUCCCGUUUCCCCACUCCUCCCCCUUGCUCUUCCGCCUCCCCGCGUUCCCCGCGUCUCCUUUCGUCGUCCACCGUCCCCCAACUGCCCAGUUUCCCUCCUCUUCCCAUCUAUGCCUGACGGCCAUCCCCCCAGCUGUUCUGCAACUCUCAGAACUCUCCGAUCUCUCUCUGGCCGGCAAUCAAAUCGAAUGCAUCCCUCCUGAGAUCGCCAACCUGCCCAAACUGCGCCGCCUGGGCCUGGCAGGCAACAGGCUACAGCGGCUGCCGCCUGAAAUCUGUCAUCUGACGCAGCUGGAAGGGUUGUGGCUGCACGGGAACCUGCUGCACGAGCUCCCAGACGAGAUCGGCCACCUCACAGCGCUGCGCUUCCUAGCUCUCGCAGGCAACCAGUUGACGCGGUUACCACACACGCUGGGCAGAUUGACGGCACUGCAGGUGCUGUCCGUUGCUGGUAACCAGCUGGAAGAGUUACCACAAACCAUCGGGUCGCUCACCUCUCUCAGAGUCCUAGCUGCUUACGGCAACCUUCUCACAUCCCUCCCGGCCUCCAUCACCCACCUCUCCUCCCUCCAGGAGCUCUUUCUUCAGGGCAACCGCAUAUACUCCCUUCCCCCACUUCCCCUGCGCUCCCUCCGCCAACUCUCACUCGCCGACAACUGCCUGACAGCCAUCCCACAAGGCACGCUAUCACAGCUGCCCUUUCUUGAAUCACUCUGGCUCUACGGUAAUUCCAUCGCUCACCUGCCACCAGACCUAGCAGACUGCUCUCGCCUUGCCAACCUCUGGCUCGAGGGAAAUCCUCUCUCGCUCUCCCACACCAGUCUCUCUGACUCCUUGCAUCGAAUCAAGACUGUGGGAGUGGACUCGCUGCAGCUGGCACCAGCGCAGGGCAAGCAGCCGCCGCUCCCAAGUAACGUGAUUGUCAGUCGGCUAGCAGGGACUGGGGCAGCGCAGCAAGACGGUGGCUAUUUCAAGGUGCAGCCAUGGCAGCGUGUGGAGUCCUCGUCAGAGGCAGAUGCACACCGGUCGAAAGUGCUGGUUGUGGCCUUUGGCAGCGCUCCGGCCGUGCCCAACUGGGCGGGGCUUCUGCGCAAGGUGAAGGGAGACAUGGGUCUCACAGCAGCCAUGGGAGGAACCACCACGCCCUUUGACACACUCUACGUUGUCGAUUCCACCCGCUCCUGGUACACGCACGCUCCCCUCUCCACGCUCGCACCAGCAGCAAGCAAUGUGAACCUGACACCACCACCUCCUCCUGUGCUCUCUCAUUUCGGUGCCUUCUCCAUGAACCGAGGUUAG